AAAAUUCAAAGUCCUAGCAGUAGCACUAUAAUUAUAAGUUUCUUUGUGCUCUCAAUUCUCAACCUUGUCCAUCAAACAGUUUAGUUUGUCUUGUAUAUCUAUUAGCUACUAGCUAGCUAGCAAUUUUCCCAAGAUGAGGAUGAGUACGGGGAAUAACAAGUCUCUCAACAUUCGUGUUGCAAAAUUUGUGGCAACCUUUGUCAUGAUGAUGAUGAUGAUGGUGCCCAAAAUUGUGAGCGCCCAAAGCGAUGUUCCCGUAGCUGACAUAGUCACACCAGAAUUCUUCAAUGGUAUAAUUGAUGAGGCAGAUGCUAGUUGUGCAGGGAAGAACUUCUACUCACGAGAUGCUUUCCUCAAUGCUCUCAAUUCCUACAAUCAAUUUGGUAGGCUUGAUACUGUGGAUGACUCUAAGCGUGAGAUUGCAGCUGCUUUUGCCCAUUUCACCCAUGAAACUGGACAUUUUUGCUACAUCGAAGAGAUUGAUGGUGCAUCAAAGGACUAUUGCGACGAAACCAACACCCAAUACCCAUGCGCCCCUAACAAAGGGUACUAUGGGCGUGGACCUAUCCAACUAUCAUGGAACUUCAACUAUGGACCAGCAGGGCAGAGCAAUGGUUUCGAUGGAUUGAAUGCUCCAGAGACAGUGGCCAAUGACCCUGUGGUAUCUUUCAAGACAGCAUUAUGGUACUGGAUGGAAAAUGUGCGCCCUGUGAUAAACCAGGGAUUUGGCGCAACCAUAAGGGCUAUCAAUGGCAAACUUGAAUGUGAUGGUGCCAACCCUGACACAGUUCAGGCUCGGGUUAAUUAUUACACGCAAUACUGUUCACAACUCGGUGUUGCUCCUGGUGACAAUCUUACUUGCUAAUUUAUUUGCUGGCUGUACCAAACGUAUAUCCAUGUUUGGAUAUGUUAUGGUAUGACAUUAUGUCAUACAUAUUCAGUUAUAAUAAAAUAAUAAAUAAGA